AAAAUUUGCCUUUCCAUGCACAAAGGCAUUGUGUUCACUGCAGAUGCGGAUUAGGACAAAAGUUUACCUUGAAGAGAAAAUAACCCAGAAAAGGAAAAACAAGCAGAUCAAGAUGUGUAGCUCUGUGGCUGCCAAACUGUGGUUUUUGACAGAUCGUCGCAUCAGGGAAGAUUAUCCCCAAAAAGAGAUUUUACGAGCUUUGAAGGCCAAGUGUUGUGAGGAGGAACUGGACUUCAGGGCUGUGGUGAUGGAUGAAGUGGUACUGACAAUCGAGCAAGGAAAUCUGGGUCUACGGAUCAAUGGAGAGCUAAUCUCUGCCUACCCACAGGUAGUGGUAGUGAGAGUUCCAACCCCUUGGGUGCAAAGUGACAGUGAUAUUACUGUUUUACGCCACCUAGAGAAGAUGGGAUGCCGACUGAUGAACCGACCUCAAGCCAUCCUGAACUGUGUUAAUAAAUUCUGGACAUUUCAAGAGUUAGCUGGCCAUGGUGUUCCUCUGCCAGAUACCUUUUCUUAUGGUGGCCAUGAAAAUUUUGCCAAAAUGAUCGAUGAAGCAGAAGUUCUUGAGUUCCCGAUGGUAGUGAAGAACACACGAGGGCAUAGAGGCAAAGCUGUUUUCUUGGCACGAGAUAAGCACCACUUGGCUGAUCUAAGUCAUCUUAUUCGCCAUGAAGCUCCAUACCUGUUUCAGAAGUAUGUAAAAGAGUCUCAUGGAAGGGAUGUACGUGUCAUUGUUGUGGGAGGCCGUGUAGUUGGCACCAUGUUACGUUGUUCUACAGAUGGAAGGAUGCAAAGCAACUGCUCACUAGGUGGUGUAGGGAUGAUGUGCUCGCUGAGUGAACAAGGGAAGCAGCUAGCUAUCCAGGUGUCUAAUAUCCUGGGGAUGGAUGUGUGUGGCAUUGACCUGCUGAUGAAAGAUGACGGCUCCUUCUGUGUCUGCGAGGCCAAUGCAAAUGUAGGUUUCAUUGCCUUUGAUAAGGCUUGUAAUCUAGAUGUAGCUGGUGUCAUAGCUGACUAUGCCGCCUCCCUCCUGCCCUCUGGCCGGCUCACCCGGCGUAUGUCCCUGCUGUCUGUGGUGUCCACGGCCAGUGAGACUAGUGAGCCGGAGCUGGGUCCCCCUGCCAGCACUGCUGUCGACAACAUGAGCGCAAGUUCCAGCUCUGUUGACAGCGACCCUGAAAGCACCGAGCGAGAGCUGCUCGCCAAGCUCCCAGGGGGCCUGUUCAACAUGAACCAGCUACUAGCCAAUGAAAUCAAACUCCUGGUGGAGUGACUCCACUGGUGAAUAGCUAACCAAGAAACAACAAACCUUGUAAAAUUUGCUCCCCCCCUUCUUCUUCUCCUUCUACUUCUUCGUCUUUCUUUUUAACCAACUUGCAAUGCUGUUCAGAGUCCACUCAGGAGGCUGGAAGAAAGUUGGUAAGGCAGGUUAGAAGGGGAACAGAUAGGACCUCUGCUAGUGACAUGGUGCUGACUUUCAUUUACAGAUUCAUGGAGAGGCAGAAAAGGUUAAAAAUAGAAAAGUGACAGGCACUCAUGGUUAGUAUUUUAAGUUAAUAAAAAGCUAUAUGGUCUUGGGCUAUGAGAAACAUGAAAAUUUUGUUCAUGGUCCUUUGCUUUUGUUAUUAUUCAAAAUUGUUUUGGUUCAAAUUUCUGGUAGUAUGACUUCACAAAAUAUUGCAAGAUUUAUAAAAAGAAAAACAUCUGUCUAAAUUACAAAGCAAUUUAAUAUAUAAAAUCUGAAAAUUCUGCCAAUUCUGUUAUCUAGUAGCUUUAGCUCAUAGAUGUUUAUGAAAUCUUAAGGGGCUCUUAUUGGGAUUUCUCAUUUUAAUGUUUGUCUUUCUUUUUUCCCCGCAAUUUGGGUGGGAGGGUAAAGUGACUAUUACCCAAUAAAGAUUUUUUUAAUAACAAAAUUGGCAUGUUUGCAUGAUGAAAGGAAAAUGAACAGUAUUGCAAUGUCUGGUAUAUAAAGUAACAUUUACUCAAUGUAGAUAAAGUUACACUAGUUUAGAAUUUGUGCAUUGACUUGUAUUUGUUAGUGUUUUAGUCUUUUUUGAAAGCUAUAUAAUCUGUUAAUGUUGCAUUUUUUACUUCAUGCUAGUCUAACAUUCCCUGCUCUAUGACUGCAUCGUUAACAAUGGCCAAAGUUCAGAAAAUGCUACUUGUUUUUUGUUAACAAGAUGCUGACUUGAAACACUUUUAAAGAUCUUUUAGUUUUCCUUUUUUCUUUUAAUGAGUUGUAUUUUUAACAAAUAAGGACAGGGAACUUUUUUGGGAGGCAAAUCAAGGUCCUGAUUUAAACGCAGCAUUACGUAUUUAAAUUUUUCACAUUUUACAAGGUAGUAUAUGUGUAUGUGCGUGCACGCAUGCAUGUGUAUGUGUUUUACUCUUUGUUUACACAAACCAAACAAAAAAGAUAGAUUCUAGAGAAUGGAGCAUGAUGGAAACUCAGUUUUUACUUUAUAAAGGAGUUGUUUAAUGACAUGGACUCCAUUAAUGUAGAGAUACUCAUCUAAAGACAUUAGGUAGGAAAAUAGAUGUCUCUUAGGUCUUAUAUGUAUGUAUGUUGUUUGUUUUUCUCUGUUUUUAGACUUGUUCAGUGUAUGAUUUGUUCAAGGGUACAUGCUUGUCUUCAUUGCUAUGGCUAUGCAUUUUCUCAUUUACAUGUAGGCUUUGAUGGGGUGGUCUGGAUGUUUUUGUUUGGGGAUUUAUUUAACCUUAUUGAUUUUCAUAUAGCCCUCUUAAGCCUUCAGUACUGACCACUCUAUAUUCCUUUACCUUUUGAGCUUAUAAAAGCCCCCAAACUGCAUAUAAUAUGAUCCUUUAAAACAUGGAUAAGACUAUCCCAAUGAUGGGUUUGGAAGGUAUGUUAAGAAAUGAAGUUGCUACAGAGCUCAACAUAAUUUUUUAAACAGCAAAUUCCAUCUCCUUACAAAUUCUCUGAAGCGUUUACCCAAGUACUUUCUUGCCUCUCCAGUGCUAUUUCCUUUCAUAUGGACCUAACAUAAUUUCUUGGACACUACUUAGAGACUUUGAGGCAAUAAUAAAAGAUCAGUAUUAACCAA